UUAGAUGAAAAUAUAUCAUUAUCAAAAUUUUGUUUUUUGUGUAUUCACUUAGUUAAAAAUUUGAUUCAUAAAAAUGCUAGUCUAGAAAUGAUCUCUCUCUUUCACUCCCAUGGCUUCCUCAUGUCGCUGCUCCCCUGUUCACAGCUGCCAUUCCUCCGUCCCAUCUUCUCAUCAACCCUCACUGGUCAUCUUCUCCGGUGGAACAGCUUUUAAUUGUGUAGCUGAAGAGCUCAAGAACUUUACUACUCGUGUAGCUCAUGUUCUCCCAGUUUCCGAUGAUGGUGGAAGUACAUCUGAAAUUGUCCGAGUUCUUGGUGGUCCUGCAGUUGGGGACAUAAGGUCAAGAUGCUUGAGAUUGUCGGAUCAAAGCACCUCUGAGGCUCUUGCUGUCCGAACAUUGCUUGGCCAUCGACUACCUCUUGAUGCACCAAAAGCAAAGCUAGAGUGGUAUGAUAUUGUGGAAGGGAAUCAUGAACUUUGGAAAGGUGUCUCAAAACCUUACAGGGAGACUAUACGAGCUUUCUUGGUGUACUUCCAAAAUCAGAUUCUUAGACGCUCAGAAGACUCAUUCUGUUUUAGUAAUGGAAGCAUCGGGAAUUUUUUCUUUGCAGGAGCAAGGAUGUUUUUUCAGUCUUUAGAUUCUGCAAUCUUUUUAUUUUCACGCGUUUCUGGUAUUCCAACAGAAAGUCUCAUCCUUCCUGUGAUAUCCACAAAUGAGAGGCUUACACUGGGCGGUGAAUUGUGGGUAGAUAUCUCUUUUACCGAGAACUCUUUUACCUUCCCACACCCUCACCCACCCACUCCGCAUGUCUUAUCUGAUUAGUGUCUUUGACCAAGGGAUGCAAAUUUAAUGUAGGGAAUUUAUUAUCAACCAUUUUGAGCAAUUAUAUCUAGGUAAAGAUUUGGGCAGAGUGACCUCUGUGUGUGCUGUGUGCGGGGUGGGGGAUUGGUUCCAUUUGUUGACAGUUCGAUUCCAUUGAAGUGUGCUUUUUUCGUAUCAUGACUGAUAUAUUAGAUGAUGUAACAAGAUGUUCCAAUGAGCAUGCAUUUUUCCUAGUUUUGGUUUAGUCACGUGAAUCAUUACAAAAACACUCCUUAACUAUGCUGCUGGAUAUCAAAUCCAAACUGCUUGUCAUUUUGCUUUUUAUAUAAUAAUCCAAUGUAUUUUAGGAUGGUACCAUUAUACGUGGACAGAAUGAAAUAUCUCAUCCAACAAAUGGAUGCAUGGAACCUAUAGCUAAGGGAGUCACUUCAUGUCCUGCUCUUCCUUCAAAAAUAAAGCGAGUAUUCUACAUGUCAAGUGAAGGCAGCAACUUAUUGCACGAGGUAAAUAAUUAAAUAUGGUCACAACUUUGUUGAUUGAAUAAAUGUUCCUAUUUAGU